UCCGCCCGUCCGACGUCACCGGCUGACGGGCCGGUGAGCGAUGAUGGCGACGCGGCGCGGCCUCUGCAGCCGGACAGCGACCUGGAUGUUGUACAUCCUCACGGGGAUGGCUUGUGUGCUGAUCGAAACCAGCGUCUGCUACACAUGUCGGCACCGCGUUCCGGACUACAGAGAGGUAAUUUAUCAAGUUUAUAUACAGCCACCUCGAAUUACCAGGAGGAGUGUUGAUCAGCAUCUGAGAAUAAAAAUCGUAUAUGAUUUGAGCAUUGAAUAUCUGCCCCCAGAUAAAAGGUAUUUGGUCAAGAAUAAACUGUUUCCAAAAGCAAUCAAGUAUGUACAAAAUACAUUCCAAGUUCGAAAAGUAAUUGGCCCAAUUCUGUUAAGCAGGCCAUGUGCAACAAACCAGUACUUAAGAAAAAAAGAUGACCCAUACAUGUAUUGCCAAGGUGCCUGUGCUGAGAUCACAAGAUGUGGCCCAGUAAUUGUACCAGAAGAACAUUUGCAACAAUGUAGAAUGUGCAGUGAAAAUGGAAAAUCUUGUGGAUCUGCAGGAUUAACUCAUGGUCCAGGAGUCAAGGAUGCCGAUUUUUUAUUGUAUGUGAGUGCACUAACAACCGAACGGUGUGGGCAAGAGGAUAUUGUAGCCUAUGCAGCAUAUUGUCAGUUGGAAGCAGAAUUGGACAGGCCUAUUGCAGGUUACGCAAACCUUUGUCCAAGUAUGAUCCCUAUUGAGCCACAGGAGUUUCCAGGCAUGUUGUCAACAGUUAAACAUGAAAUUGUCCAUGCAUUGGGCUUUUCUGCAGGACUUUUUGCUUUCUACCGUGAUGAUGAAGGGAAACCUCUAACUACGCGGAAGGCGAAUGGUCUUCCACCUUUUAAUGAAUCAAUUGGAUUAUACCAGUGGAGUGACAAAGUUGCACGUAAGGCGACAAGGUUGUGGAGCGUACGGGGAAACAGCAAGCUUAAUCAUGAGGUCCUUCUUCUUGUAACUCCUCGGGUUGUUAAGGAAGCCCAGCAACACUUUAAUUGCCAAGUCCUUGAAGGGAUGGAACUUGAAAAUCAAGGUGGAAUUGGUACAGAACUGAACCACUGGGAAAAGAGGUUGCUGGAGAAUGAAGCAAUGACUGGAUCCCACACACAGAACAGAGUAUUUUCCAGAUUAACCUUAGCAGCAUUAGAGGAUACUGGAUGGUACCGUGCCAAUUAUAGCAAAGCAGAGAGAUUGGAAUGGGGUGAAGGGAUGGGCUGUGAUUUUGUAAUGAAUAGCUGCAAAUUCUGGAUUGACCAACAACAGAAAGGGAAUAAGAAUAUAACUCCAUAUUGUAACACUCUGAGAACAUCGCCGUUAAGGUUGAUGUGCCGUCAAGACCAGAAGGCAGUGGCAGUAUGUAACUUAGAAAAGUACCCAGAUCCUGUGCCAAAAGAAUAUCAGUAUUUUGACUAUCUUGAUGGUGUCCCAGAAGAAGAGUUGCAGUACUAUGGUGGAUCAGUGGAGAUAGCUGAUUACUGCCCUUUUAGCCAAGAUUUCAGCUGGUACAUAAGUGGAGAAUUCCAACGUGGCUCUGAUUGUAGGAUUUCUCAAAAUCAGCCAGAGCCUUCUCGUAACUAUGGAGCAGAAGAAUAUGGAGCCGAGUCUGUCUGCCUAAGUCAGAAAUCUCAUUUUGUUAUGCAACAGUGCAACAAGAUUCCAAGCUUUCCAGACUGGGGUAGUGGGUGCUAUCGGAUUUCCUGUUCAACCAAUGGACUGAUUGUUUGGGUUUCAGAUAAGCCUUAUUUAUGCAGCCAAAUAGGGCAGGUGCUAUCUAUUAAUGUAAAUAUGAAUGACUGGCUAUACACUGGAAGCUUGGUAUGUCCAUCUUGUUUAGAUUUCUGCAGUUCGUGUCCUCCUGAACGUGAUCCACCAUUAAAUAAUAUCACAAAGACUAUUUUUAUAGAUCCAUGCUCCAGCUCAUCAGGUUUGGUGGUUACUCUUUGGCUGAUGGUGACCAACUUUUUACCCCUCAUAGUCGGAUUCUUGCUUUGUGUAUGGAACUAACCACAGAGCACUUUCCAUUAACAGAACUAAUUACAGUUGUACUGUUUGCACCACAAUGCUGCUACAGCGAGCCAUUGAUCUUCAAAAAUACAUUAGAUGCUUUUCCCAUGCUACUGGUCUGCUCAUGAAGGAUGUGAUUUUGGAGUACUAGAACUAAUCAUGACUCUCAAAUGAAAAAGUUGCACGUACUGUAUUAAACUGAACUGAACUACCUCUACGGUACUAAAAUGAAUGAAGAGAAAUUUAUUUCACGAUUGAACAUUCCCAAAUAUUUUUCUUAAUUAUUUUUUCGGGUUUUUUACCUCCUGUCUAUAUGAGUAAAGCACAGAUUUUUGAGGGUUUCAACAGCUGUCAAUCCUACCAUCUUAUUUGCACUUACGUUGCAUGAUAUUUUCUCAUAUUUUGUUAAAUCAAAAAAUAAUCCUACGUAAAUAAUCCUGUUGAAGUUGAUAAUUCUAUAAGCACUGCAAGUUUAUGUGGAUCAUUGUUCUAUUUGUGGAUCUAUGUGGAUCACUGUUAUAUUUGUAAGAAAAAGCCUUUCUUACACAUAUUAACAUUAUUUCUUGAUGUAACAAUCCUGUUGCUUAUGUAUAACCACCUGUUUUUAUUAGAGCUGUGCAGUCAAUAUUCAGUAUUACCAAUGUCUGUAUUUCUGCAUAGCAUCGAAGACAGUGGGCUCUCUCUAAGAUUAUAUUUGACACUAUUUAACACAAAAUCUUCAAGGGAUAAAAUAAAAUGUUGAUGGCUGCUCUAUCAAGCUUUCUCUUCAGAUCCUGAAUGGCUCAGUGAAUUUAAACACUGAAUCGUUAUAUAAAGAAUUCAAGAUGAAUUGGACCCAGCUAUCUUGGUCCCCAUGAUUGAAUUCAUGUAAAUACUUAUAAGCCAUGUUUGUAAAUUAAGAAGUUGCCACUUAGUUGAGGCAUGGAAAGGUGCUGCCCCACUCCCUUAACAUAAUGUUAUACCUCAACACGAAAUUAGCACUUUAAAGUAAGAAGGAGAAAAAGCUAGAGGGUAAACACAUACAUUUUCCAUUUUCUUAUUGUAUUCCAUGUAAAAUUAAACAAGGCAUAUGACACCACCUAAGUGGACCAUGAAAAUUAAUACUUACUCCAAAUCAUAAAUAAUAAACAUAACAUAAACUGAAGAAAUAGUGAGGGAAUGUUUGCUUGUGUAUCUUUAUUCUAUGAUUGAUAGAACGGUGAUAGUGUAAUAUAUUUUUCAGGCACAAAGUUAUUUUCAACUUCCAUGUUAUAGGUCAGCAAUUACUUUACAGUGGUGGGGCAGGGAAUAAUGCAAAAAAGAAACUAUAGGGAAGAACUUUGUCCUUUGUUGCUUGUACUGAAAUCAUGAUAUAGAAAUGAUCACUACUGUUACAAUGGAAAAUUCAAAUAUUCCUUAAAUAGCAGUCAUUUUCACAGAUAAGACAUCCUUUAGAUGGCUAAGUUGAUCCACCUAUUAUAAAUACACCAAAGUAGAAAUUAAUCCUCUGUCCAUUGCAUAAAGCACCCAAUGUCAUGCAUGUUCUUUUCAUAGUAUAUUCUACUGAAAUUCAUUGAUAUUUAGCUAAAAGUUACUGCUAAUAUGACAAUUAUCAAUUUGGACUGCAGUAUCAAAAUGAUCAAAGAAUACAUUUGUGACUCACAAAAUGACCCAUUGCAGUCGUACUGAAUUAAUUGGCAUAAUCCACAAGGUGAUAAUGUAAACCAAGUAACUUUAAGUGACAUUUAUUCAUUUAAAAAUGACUGUGGCUUUCCUCUGUGUAUCCUAUUCCUGAAAAUGCUUCAUUAAUUGGUUGUGUCAGAUUAGUAGAUGCUAACACUAUUGUAGACAAACAGUAUAUGGGAUUUCAUUUUCAACAGUUUCUUGAAUUAUAUUAGAGAGAUUAUAUUAUUUUCUGCAUAAGUCUUUGGUUUUAAUAUUUUGAAUAUGGUUCUUAAGAAUACGAUCAACAUAUCUCAGGUUAUGAACAAAUAAACAUUAGCUAAAUUUGUAUCUAAUUAAUAUAUAUGUUUAAUUAAUAUCAACGUAGAUCAUGUAAAUAUUUUCAUUACGCUUGAUAAUAAUGCUCCUGAGAACUUAUAGGGUUGUAAUAAAAUAUAUCAAUUCAUUGGAUAAAGCUGCUGAGGGAAAAAAAUGUGCAAUGUACCCAGUCUUUUUUUAAGUUUGUUUGCAAAAAAUGUAAAUGAGAAACUUGUAAUUAACAAUUGCUGCACUUGCAUUGUGAAGAUGUCUGUAUGUGUUUUUUUUACUGUUUUGAAUUGAUAUUGGCGGUUUUACGUUUUGCUCUUGAUAUUUAGGAUCAGAAGUAAACUAAUUGUUCUUCAGGGCUGAAUGUCUGUGUGAGACUAGAUAUUAAGCCAAUAUUUUUGAUUGUAUAUUCCCUUUACCUCCCCCCU